AUUUUAUAUGCAAUUAAUCAUUAUGUUCAUCUAGGAUUUAAUAUUGUACAAGAAUUAGAUAUUGAGUUGGCCAUUGAAGAAAUUUGUAACUCAAACUGGUUUUCGUGGGAGUGGCCAUGGGAUAAUAAUUGUACAGAGUAUGUUCAAGUAUGUGCAAUAUCUAAUAUUGGUAAAUGGAACAAAUUUACACCUGAAAAAUUAGAAAAGUUACAAAAAAAGGAUAUUCAAAAGCCAAAUCCUCAAGUUUCUAAUUAUUCUGUUAUUCAAUUUGCUAUCUUAGAAAUCCAUCCUGAUCAUUUAACAGUUGAUCAACUGAAAAAACAACUAACAAAUCAAAGAGUUAGUUAUAAUUGUGAAAGUAUGAAACAAGAUUUGAUAUCUUUAUUGAAUCAUAUAUUAUCUCAAGAGCCAGAGCUCCAAAAAACAGAGUUAUCUGUUGAAUUAUUGAAUUCGAAUGAAGAAAAGUAA